AUGCUUUUAGCAGCCCCCCUUCGCGGAUGCCGUCAUGGGCGCCGCGCUUUUCUUCCUUUGAGUCUGCCUACGGUGGUAAAGGCAGCUUCCUCUCCUGCUGCCAACGCUUUCCCGCAGUUCAAGAGGUUCUACGCCGACCCAGCUCACGAUGCAAAGGUCGAGGCAAUCCGCAACAUUGGCAUUAUUGCCCAUGUUGAUGCUGGUAAAACCACCACAACUGAGCGAAUGCUCUAUUACAGUGGUUUGUCCAGACAUCUAGGGAAUGUUCAAGAUGGAAACACCAUGACCGACUUCCUCCCCAUGGAGCGGGAGCGUGGUAUCACUAUCCAGUCCGCAGCCGUCACCUUUCUCUGGCCCCCACAACAGAAUCUGGCUCCCGGACAACACCCAAAGAGCAUCAACUUGAUUGAUACGCCAGGCCAUCAGGAUUUCCGCUACGAGGUCGACCGUUGCUUGCCAAUUCUUGAUGGUGCUGUCUGCAUCCUCGAUGCAGUCAAGGGAGUUGAAACUCAUACCGAGCGUGUCUGGGAGUCUGCUCAGCUGUCAAAGAUCCCGAGACUUAUCUUUGUUAACAAGCUCGACCGUGAUGGUGCCUCCUUCAAAAGGUCAUGCCUCGAGGUGGCUUCCAGACUGAGAACCUAUCCCCUUAUUUGCCAAAUUCCGUGGUGGAAUAAGGAUGAGUUUGUUGGUGUCAUCGACAUCAUCAACUUGGUCGGCAUGAAGUUCUCCAGCACCGGCCAAAUGUCACUUGUGAGUGAGGAGACCAUUGGCAAGGAGAACCCGACUCUUCGCGCCGAGAUGGACAAGGCACGUCUUGCUCUCAUUGAGACUUUGUCUGAGUAUGAUGAUGCUGUCAUGGAGGAGUUCCUCGAGCUCGAAAAGGACGUGCCUACUGCCUCCAUCAAGAGAGCCAUUCGCAAACUGAUCAUGGAUGGAGGAGCCAAGUUCUCCCCCAUCCUCGCCGGCGCCUCUCUCAAAAACAUUGGUGUGCAGCCAUUGCUCGACGCUGUUAUUGAUUACCUACCCAGCCCUCUUGACAGGCCGGAGGUUGAGGUCAUCCAGGGCAAGAAGGCGAUGCCACUAUCGAAGCUUCUUACUCUGCAGGACAAGAAGAAGAAGAACCAUGGCCACCAUGCUCACCCUCAGUCACCCAUCACAACCAUCGGCCACGUCUUCAAGGUCGUCGACGACCCCCGUCGCGGCAUGAUGAGCUUCGUCCGGGUUUAUCACGGCGCUCUCAAUCGCAGCAAUCACCUCUACAACAGCAACAUGAACUCCUUUGAGAAAGCCCAAGCGCUCCUUCACGUCUCCGCCAAAGACUACCAAGACAUCCAACACCUCGGCACCGGCCAAAUUGGCGCUCUAACCGGCCUGAAGCAAGCUCGCACCGGCGACACCCUGCUCACCUUCCCCGGCAGCCACAACCCCAAAGCCCCCGAGCAAUUCCGAGCCGUCCAUAUCAAGACCCUCGACACCCCACCCGCCGUGGCCUUCAUCGCCAUCGAGCCGUACACCAAGACAGCCAGCGAGAAGAUUGAAGAAGCCCUCGGCAAGCUCUCGCGCGAAGACCCUUCCAUCCGGUGGAGCAAAGACGAAAAGACGGACCAGCUGAUCCUCUCGGGCAUGGGUCUCCUCCAUCUUGAAAUCGCCCAACACCGUCUCCUGACGCACUACAAGAUCGACCGCGACACCGCCAUCUGGGGCGACAUCGAAGUCGAGUACUCCGAGUGCUUGCUCACCCCCGUCGCACCGCAACGAGCAGUCUUCGACCGUCCCAUGCGCGGCGAGAACGGCAAAGCCGCCUGCACCGCCACCUUGGUUCCCGUCGAGGAGCACCACCGCCACGAAUCGAUCCUCGAGUCCUGCAUCGAGCGCGACGGCAACAUCAUCCACAUCGUGAUCCCGCUCCCCGAAGGCACCGAGGACCACGAAUCGCUUCCCUUCGACGCCGAGCUCGUCCGCCAACAACUUCUCAACGGCGUCAUCGCCGGCCUGUCGCGCGGUCCGCGCCGUAACUGCCCUGUGCGCAAAACCCACGUCACCAUCACCUUCGACCCGGAGACGGACUUCUUUGGCCCCACCCAGACCACCGGAGGGCACAUCACCAACGCGGCUCUCCAAGCCGUGCGCGCCUGUCUGAAGGAGGCGCACGCCUCCGGUGGAAUUGGCAUUCUCGAACCCUUCACCAACGUAACCAUCCACUGUCCCGAGGAAGCCUCGCACGCAAUCCAGCACGACCUCGUUUCCGCACGGGGCGGUGCGGUGCUCGAGGUUCGUACACCGGAGGAGAGCGAGGCAGACGCGGCGUUUGUUAGUGAAGGAGGAGGCAUCGACUUGAGCAAAGUCUAUGUGCCGCCUGACCCGUACGAGAGCGUGCAGAGCUUGAGAGACCCCAAGAAGGCCGUGGUGCGCAUGCUGGAGAUUGUGGGCAAGGCGCCGCUGAAGGAUAUGAUGAAGUAUGAUAGCGCGCUGAGGAGCAUGACGGGCGGUAGGCACAGCUUGCAGCUGGAUCCGGGCGAGUUCGAGCUGGUGACGGGGCCGAGGGAGAAGAUGAUUGGUUGA